AUGUCUGGAGCUCGCAGAACAUCCACACACCGUGUUUCAGGCGGUUUCGAGUCCUCCAGCAGGAGAAGAUCAACCCUUCUUACUACCCCUGCAACAAACAGACGCCAAAGUCUUUUCAGCAACGUGAUUGCGCCGGCGUCUUCCCAGCUGGCAACACACUUGUCUCAGCAGCAACAUAGAAACCCGCCUGCAAAGGUAAUUGACCUUCGACCACUUAAUGAUAAGGCGUAUUUGGAGAUGCUUAUGGGAGAGAUCUAUGAUUUUUUGGUUGCCAAUCGGUUUGAACUCGAGAUGAACCAUGCUGUUUCUAGAAGAACGCUCCAGCUGCCUACACAGAAGGAGUUUGUGUUGAUGUUUCAGUUUCUUUACCGGAAGAUCGAUCCACACUUUGUGUUUACCAAGUCUCUUGAAACAGACGUUAUUCAGGUGCUUCGGGCAUGGGAGUAUCCAUAUACUGAGCACUUGAGUCGAACACAUAUAAGUUCAGUGGGUCAGUCGUGGCCAAAGUUUUUGGCGAUGUUGUACUGGCUUAUGAAGCUAAAUUUGGCGCUUCUGGGGCUUACAGAGGAUGAUAUGAUCGCUUCUGAUGAUCCUUUUGAUCGUCUUUUCAUACGAUACACACAUCAAUGCUACGGCGCUUACAUUGAUCAGCAGGAAGAUUACUCUGGCUACUAUAAAGAACUCGAGACUGAGUUUGAUCAGAUAAAUGCAAAAACCGUUGAAGAACAAGAAACGAGGACACAGCGCUUACAAGAGCUUCUUCAGCAACGUGAAGAGCUCAAGGGUAAAGUUGCAGAGCUUGACGAAGCCCAUGCUAAAUCUAGAGCCUUGGAGAAUGAUCUCAGGCAGUUUUCUGACUAUAUGGACAAAAUGAGUGAACGUAAGGAGAAAUGGGGCGAUGUCCUUCAGAAAAUGGAAGAAGAAUUAGAAAAGCUACAACACCAGAUUCUGGAAUUGCAAGAAGAAAAGAAGAAAUACGAAGACCAGCUCACCGCAAAGGGUCUUUCUGCACUGGAGAUUGAUCAACUGAACAUCGAGAGAGAUAGACUUUCAAAGGCCAUUGAUAAAACCACAAAUAAACUCAAGGAUACCCAACAAAAUAUAGCUGACCAGGAGUACCAGCUCAGGCUGAGCUGUGACAGUCUUGUUAACCUUGUCAGCCAAUAUAAUUACUUGACUUCCAGGAUACCCGUCCAAGAGUAUCUGUUUGAGUUAGCAGUCAACCCAGACCUCGCUCAAACUAACCAAGAAAUCAAUUCAGAUAAUGUGUUGACGAAAACACUUCGUGAUGAGAAAGUCAAGCUUCUACAGUGCCGUUCGGCUCUCACGCAAGAACUUCGCAAGAAGCAAGAAGAAAAGCUUAAGCUACAAGAAGAAGUCGACCAACUUCAUGUUAAAAUAUUUGAACAAAACGAAUUCCUUGAUGGUAUCAAAGCCAAGUGUCGCAAGACCAUGCAGCUUUACUCGGAAGCGUACGAUUUUAUGAUGACCGACAGCAAGACAUACUCAGCCAAGAUAGAGAAGCUCGACCGUGACUUGCAGACGCUUCGUCUCCGUGUUAACACCGGUAUCAUCGAAGCCGAAAGUACCAUCAAGAGUCUUCGUGUAAAGAAGCAAGAGACAGAGUACCGCAUAAAAGAAGAAAGAGAGAGUCUCCACCGGAUGGUUCUGACGAUAAUAGACCAGGUUCUCGACUUCAAGUAUGCGAUCCAAGAAGGCCUAGACGAGCUCGAUACGCUCGCUUUCCAGGAGCUCGAGGCACAGGAUGAUUGA